AUGGCGUUUCGGAAAUUCGCGCUUGGGGCGCUCAUUGCUCACGCAGCACAGGCAGCUCUUCAGUACAAAGGGGCUGAUUGGUCGUCCGUCGCCGUUCUCGAGCGUGACGGUACUGAAUAUAAGGAUCUCCAGGGCACCGUUAAGCCGCUUGAGACCAUCUUGUCUGAGAAUGGCAUCAACAUAGUCCGACAGAGAGUGUGGGUGGCAAAGGGAGAUUAUGACCUCGACUACAACGUCGCUCUGGCUAAGCGCGCAAAGGCAGCGGGCAUGGACGUUCAUAUAAAUUUGCACUUCAGCGAUUCCUGGGCCGACCCUGGCCAACAAAAAAUCCCAGCAGGUUGGCCCACGGAUCUUGCGGGUCUUACGACUCAGAUUUACGAGUACACGCUCAACGUGAGCAACACCCUACAGGCCCAGGGUAUACAGCCGGCUAUUAUCGACAUAGGCAAUGAGAUUGCCGAUGGAAUCCUCUGGCCGGUGGGUCGCGGAAGCGAAAACUGGACCAACACGGCGCAGCUUCUUACCUCUGCCUCCAAGGGCAUCAGAGACAGUGAUCUUAGCCCGCAGCCCAAGAUCAACGUUCACCUGAAUGGUGCAGCCGACGUCGGGGUACAGGACUUCUUCUGGGGUAACAUCCUCAAGGCAGACGCCAACUUUCCAACUCAGAUCGACAUGUUCAGCGCAUCUUUCUACCCAUUCUAUGGACCCGAGUGGAACUUUACCAGGCUGACAAACACUCUUACGCACAUGACGGAGUUGCUUCCCGGCAAAGAAUUCAUGGUGUCAGAGAUGGCGUGGCCCUUUACCUGUGCUCAAGGCGGGAACUACGCCUUCCCUCCCGACAUGAGACCCUCUAUUCCCUUCAGCGCUGAAGGUCAGAAAACAUGGAUUACGGAAGUAGCAAAGAGGGUUGGCGCGAUCACAGGUGGCGUCGGAGUUGAGUACUGGGAGGUUGCAUGGGUGAACAAUGCUGGUCUUGGGCAGACGGGAUGUGAGGACAACAUCAUGUUCGAGUUUGCGGGCAAUGCGAGGGACUCGCUGUCUGUGUUCUCUGAAAUUUAG